AGUGAUGGGAGCAGCGGGCGUCCCUGGAGCUCAGCUGAGCCAGACCAGGAGAGGCUGCCACGGAGGGAGCCUGGCUGCACCCAGUUAGAGCAGAAACAGGGCUGAGGGCUCGGACCAUGAGCCCUCAGAUUCUCACUGUUCCCUUCAGCUGGUGACUGUGUGACCGUGGGCCGUCACUUAAUCUUGCCGGUAAGGGCCUGAGUUUCCUCAUUUGUAGAAUGGCGUUGGAAAGGCAUGGCUGGGAGGUCUCAGAUAAAGCAGAGUGCUGUGUGAACGCUCUGGGUUUGCAGACAGAGCGGAUGUUCCUAGUACAUUGCACUCAUUUUCCCUCGCCCGACAUAAGCUCAUGACCUGCGCCAUCGUUCCCAAACAAGCAGGAAGCUUCACACUGAUGCCUGAUCCACAAUUCCCAGAGCGCCCUCAGGGCCACCAUCUCGUGCGAGCCUCGCAGCAUCCACGAGGGGGCAGCACAGGACUAUCAUCGCCCCACGGCCUGAAAGGGGCUGCCGGAAGCCAAGUGCGAUAACGGUGAGGGUGGCCCCCAGGAGCCCCAGCUUUGCUCCCUCCCCCUCCCCUCCCCUGUGCGGAGGACUCCGGCCUCGGGGUAGGGGGCUGCUGAACUGAGCGUGGCAUCUACUCAGGCACUCUCUGCCCUCCAGCCCUAGGGCUCAGAUCACACACACACACACACACACACACACACACACACACACACACACACACACGGGGCCCGCCCCUUUCCUAGGAGCUGCCCGUUCCCAGGACAACAGUCAACACAGGCGGGAGUUCAAAACGAAACUGGGCUCAAAUGCUCUCCCCAGCCCGGAGAGCCCUGUCCCCGUCGGCCACUCUGAGCUCGAGGCCUGAAGGCACAGUGAGGAGGACCCUGCCCAGGCUCUCCCGGGGUUAGGAGGGACAGAGUGUUCCAGGAGGAGGUUUGAGCUGAGCUCAGGCACAGGUCUCUCUCUCUCUAACACACACACACACACACACACACACACUUGCACCCAUGGGGAGCCCCCCCACCCCUGGGCUCCAGAGAACCACAUCAGCUGGGUACCGAUUGCCCCCCACCAGGCCGCCAGCCUCGGUCUCCCCAGCUGCCCGGGGUGGCCCUAUGGCCAGCAGGGGUCUUGCCGGUGGCUGCCAGGCCCCCCAGGCUCUGAAGGCGCAGCGGGUAGCUCAGGGAGCUGCCUGCGAUGGCGUGCAGCAGGACCAGCUGUGGCGGGAGCUCCUGGAGGCCGAGCGGCGGGGCCAGCGACGCUGGGUUCAGAACUGGAGUUUCCUGAAAGACUAUGACCCAAUGGGCAACAAGAAGGAGCCUGAGAAGUUGCCAGACCAUGUGCCUCUCUUUUCGGACACAGUUCCCAGUUCCAUGAACCAGGUUGUGGGCAGCAGGCUGGACACGCCCCUGGGACAGACUCUCAUCCGCAUGGACUUCUUCUUCACAGAAGGGGCCCGGAAGAAGAAGCUGGAGGACGAGAUGCAGCCCAUCUAGGAGCAAGGAGGGCUGGGCUGGCCUUCCCCAGAUGGAGUCUCACACUGUCGCCUAGGCUGGAGUGCAACGGUGUGAUCUUGGCUCACUGCAACCUCCACCUCCUAGGUCCAGGCAAUUCUCCUGCUUCUGCCUCCUGAGUAGCUGGGAUUACAGGCAUGUGCCACCAUGCCCGGCUAAUUUUUUGUAUUUUUAGUAGAGAUGGGGUUUCUCCAUGUUGGUCAGGCUGGUCUCAAACUCCCAACUUCAGGUGAUCCGCCUGCCUCGGCCUCCCAAAGUGCUGGGAUUACAGGUGUGAGCCACCGCGCCCGGCCAUGCCUGGCUAAUUUUUAAAAUGUUAUGUAGAGAUAGGGUCUCACUAUGUUGCCCAGGAUGGUCUUGAACUUUUGGGCUUAAAUGAUCCUCCCACCUUGGCCUCCCAAAGCACUGGGGUUACAGGCAUCUGGUUUCACUUCCUCCAGCUUUUAAGGACCCUUGUGAUUAUAUCACAACCUUUAUAUUUAAGCAAAAAAAUGCAGAAAAGGCUUAGUUCCUCUUUGUUGGUUAAAACACAAAUGGAUUCAUUCUUUCAAACAUCCGCAUUCUCCUCUUCUUCCCGGGUGCUCUGCUAGGCUGUGUUUUCCCUUGGUUUGGGUGGAGCAUGUGACACAGCCAUGGCCAGUGGAAUGGGAGCAAAAACCCUAGGUCUCCCUUCCAGGCCUGGUCCAUGAGACGCUCCAGGUAUUGGCUUGUUCUCCUUUCCCCAUCAGCUGAAGAAGGGAGAGGACUUGGAGGAUGCAGGGAAGAGAGCGGCACAAGAUGGAGGGAGCAUGUCAGGCCCAAGCCUGGAGCCCUGAGUGAGCUCGUGGAGCAGAAUCUCCCUACACCCACACUGACACACAAACAAAAUAAACAAAAACUGGCCAAAACAAAAACAAUAGCCCACAGUUUCUAGGGUAAAGCAUUUUAAAUUUAUUUUCUCAACAACCCAAGAGAAUCAACAGGCAGAGAUUUCAUAUUCAUUUAAUACAGGCAAAACCUGAGAUUCAGAGAGGUGAAAUAAAAUCCCAAACAUACAUUAAUGCCAGGCCUCAAGCUUGAAGCUCAGUGUUCUCUGCAGGACCCCAGCCGUGGCCUCCUGAAAAGAGAGAAGAAUGGGGCAGGGGCUGAAAUGACUGCUCUGUCUUUGAUACUUGCUUGGGUCUUAUUCAGCAGUAGCUAAAUGUCACUGUUAUUUGCAUGUAUUAACUCAUUUAAUCCUCUCAGCAACCCUAUGAGAUAGAUACUCCUAUAAAUGAGGCAACUAAAGCACAGAGAGGUUAAGUCACUUGCCCAAGGUCACACAGCUGGCAAGUGGUGAAGCUGGGGUUCAUACUCGGCAGUUGAGUCUUGGUCCAAGGACUAUAUACUUAAGCACUAUGCUAUAUGGGUCCCCUUUAAUCCUCAAUGGAUUGAUUCCCCCAAAUUUAGCAAAUUACAGGAUUUUUCUGCUUAAAGAAAGUCUCUUGAUUCUUGAGAAAGGGAAAACUGAUUUUUCCAAUCUCUGGGAUCCCUACUACCAUCAAGAAUAGAUCAUCGGUGUUUCCAGGAGUUACACAGGACAGGACACGUUAUUUCCAUGCAACAGCCCCUGCAUUUCAUGCCAUACCCUGGCCCUGCGCGACUGUGUGAUGGAGCAGACCAGGCCCAGUGUGACUUGGCCAGGAAGAGGCCCAACCCUUCCUACUUGGAUCUGGAGGCCACCGCCUUCUUUCUCAGUGUCUGACAUGGAAGCUGGGCUCCCUCUCCACUCUGAGAUCAUCAGCCAGGUAAAGGUCAGUGGCCAGGACAGCCAGGGGUCCUGGUCACAUCCUGGCUGCAUCUCAUGAAGGUCAAGUGUUCGUCCUCGGGCUGGGUGGGUACAAAGAUGCUGGAGGCUCCUUAAAGACCCAAUUUACGUUUUUGCCCUGAGCCUGCCUUAUAUUAUUCUCACACUCAAAACAAAGAAGAUUUCCAUUUGAGGGAGAGAGAGGCACAAGAAAAGUCAAGGUUAAGGAUGGCUGCAGGUGGUCAGGCCUGUGCAGAGGGGAGGGAAUCACUGAGUGCCCUGGAGGGCAGUGAGGAGGGCCAGGGACCUGCGCCAGUUCUGCCACUCCUGGAAGCACAGCCACUUACAGACAACACAGCCUAUAAGCACAGACUCUGGGCUUGGCGCAUUACCCACAUUGUGUGUUUUGCACGUAUUAGAAUUGUCACCAUUUGAGAGGUUUGGAAACUAAGCCAAACACUUCAUUCAAUCUGGUCAGGGGCUCACAACUAGUGAAGAGCCAGGAUCCAUCUCAUGUGUGACUUCUCCAUGCUGCCUUCCCCGCUCCAGGCCUCAGUCUCCACAGUUAUAAAAUGGCAGGGGAGGGAAGAAGACAGAUUUAAGGGCAUCUCCAGCUCCAGGAUUCUCUUCUUUGAGCAUUCAGGGAGUACUGAAGAACAAAGGGGUUUGAGUUCUUUUACAGAGUGCACUAAUCAGCUGUGAUAAUGCUGUGUAACAAAACACCCCCUUCCUUGCUCACAGGUCUGCAUGUAGCUGGGGCUCAGCUGAUUUUGGCUGGGCUUGGCUAGACUUGCCUCCACACUUCAGGUUAGGUUCAAGUUUUUUAUGCAUGUCUCUCAUCCUCUUGGACUGAAAGCCUCCUGGGGCAUGUUUUUCUCAUGGCACAUCACCAGGGCGCAAAGGCCCAACAGAACCGUGCAGGCACACUGAUGGCUUCUGCAUGCAGAACUGCUUUCUGUACUCUGCAAUGACCUGUCAUCACGCCAAAUCCCUCCUCACAACCAGCCCCACCCACCCUCUGCUCCUUGCCACAUCUGCCAUCUUUUCAAGAAGAUGCCUGCUUCUAACCUUCCCCAUCUCACCCACUGGGAGCCCAGGAAACCAGGACAGAGGGGCAUCUGCAGUGAAGUCCCAAGGCCAGCCUUUCAGCUCAUUUGGGCCAGAACAAGGGAGGGUGGAUGGGUCAGGAGGUCAUGAAGAAGUGGGCACCAAGCCUGCAGGGUCAGUGCCAGCAAAAGGAAAAGGGGGUGUUACCUAUAAAGAGAUGGGCACUUGGAGACCAAGGGCCAGGAGGUAGCAGGGCUUCAGGAAAGGAAUCAAGACCUGAGAGCCAUAGCGAGCCUGGAGGGAUGCUUGCUUCACAUUUUUUUUUUUUUUUUUUUGAGAUGGAGUUUCACCAGCUUGUCACCCAAGCUGGAGUGCAAUGGUACGAUCUCAGCUCACUGCAACCUCCGCCUCCCAGGUUCAAGCGAUUCUCCUGCCUCAGCCUCCUGAGUAGCUGGGAUUACAGGCAUGCACCACUACGCCUGGCUAAUUUUGCAUUUUUAGUAGAGACAGGGUUUCUCCAUGUUGGUCAGGCUGUUCUCAAACUCCCGACCUCAGGUGAUCCGCCUGCCUCGGCCUCCCAAAAUGCUGGGAUUACAGGCAUGAGCCACCGCGCCCGGCCAACUUUCCACGUGAUUAAAAAAAAGAAUUCCAUUCACGGAAAGUACAAGGCGAGCCUGGAGCAACUUCCUGUGCCAGAAACUAAGAAAAAUUCAAAAAGUCAUGACGAUAUGGAAAAGGGAUACAAGGACCAACCUAAAUUUGGGACAAUAUGAGCACUGAAAUGAAGAACAGUAAUAGCCCACCCUGACCAUGCCCAUGCUCACCCCCAGCCAGUGCCCACAAGCCCCGCCAAAUAACAUUAAUAAUAAUAACAAUAACAAUCCAUGGGUUCAUACCAAUAAUUUUUUAAAAUUUUAAGUACUAAUGAAAACUCUUUUUUUUUUUUUUUUUUUUUUUGAGAUGAAGUCUUGCUCUUGUCCCCCAGGCUGGAGUGCAAUGGUGCAAUCUUGGCUCACUGCAACCUUCGCUUCCUGGGUUCAAGCGAUUCUCCUGCCUCAGCCUCCAAGUAGCUAGGAUUACAGGCGCCUGCCACCAUGCCUGGCUAAUUUUUGUAUUUUUAGUAGAGACGGGGGUUCACCAUGUUGGCCAAGCUGGUCUCGAACUCCUGACUGCAGGUGAUCCAUCCGCCUCGGCCUCCCAAAGUGCUGGGAUUACAGGUGUGAGCCACCGCGCCUGGCCAUGAAAACUCUUUUCUAUUGAAGAAUGCAGAAUAAAUGAUAACAGAAAAAUCACCAUUUAAUGACUCACAGCAAUAACUGAUUUAGGCAAGAAUCAAUAAAAGACACUAAAACAACUGAGUGAAAGAUUCUUAGGGAAUGGUAAAUGCUGAAAUCUAGAAGAUACCGCCUUAACCAAACUAUUAAGCCAAACCUCACCAAUAACAGGACAGCUGACACCGUGCUCCCCUGGUGUGGUUCACUGAGGACAACGCUACCUACUCACCUAGGAAGCACUCCUGCCAAAAAAAAAAAAAAAAAAAAAAAAGUAACUAGAAUAUAAUCAGGAAGAAACUCCCGGCAAACUCAAAUUGAGAAACAUUCUGCCAAAGAGUUGGCCUUGACUCUUCAAAAAUGUCAACGUCUGCCAGGCGCUGUGACUCACACCCAUAAUGCCAGCACUUUGGGAGGCUGAGGUAAAAGUAUCGCUUGAGCUCAGGAGUUUGAGACCAGCCUGUACAACAUGCUGAAACCGCAUCUCUACUGAAAAAAUACAAAAAAUUAGCCAGGUGUGGUGAUGCAGGCCUAUAGUCCCAGCUACUUGGGAGGCUGAGAUGGGAGAAUCACCUGAGCCCAGGAAGUCAAGGCUGCAGUGAUUUAUGAUCUGAUCACUGCCUUCCAGCCUGGGUGACAGAAUGAGACCCUAUCAAAAAAAAAUAAUUAAUUAAUUAAUUAAUUAAAAUAAAAUAAAUAAAAAUAAAAAAAGUCAAUGUCAUAAAAGACAAAGGAAGGCUGAAGAAGUGAUUUGGCCCGUGAUCCUUGACUGGAUCCUGGGUGAAAGCAAAAGCAGCUCUAAAGGACCCUUUGCAGACUAAAUGUUAGCUAACACCAUUGUAUCCGUGGGAAAGUGCAGUGUGCUGAGUCCAUUGAGGCUCUGUAGAGGAAAGCCCUUGUUCUUUUUGUUUGUUUGUUUUUGAGAUGGAGUCUCACCCCAUUGCCCAGUUUGGAGUACAAUGGCACAAUCUUGGCUCACUGCAAACCUCCACCUCCCGGGUGCAAGCGAUUCUCCUGCCUCAGCCUCCCGAGUAGCUGGGAUUAGAGGUGCGUGCCACCAUGCCCAGCUAAUUUUUUGUAUCUUUAGUAGAGACGAGGUUUCACCAUGUUGGCCAGGCUGAUCUCGAACCUCGUGAUCCACUCGCCUCAACCUCCCAAAGUGCUGGGAUUACAGGCGUGAGCCACUGUGCCUGGCCGAAAGCCCUUGUUCUUAGGAGGUGUUUGCUGAAAAGUGCCAUGAUGUAUAUAACAAACUUGCAAGUGGCUUAACGAAAAAUUUGUGUUUAGGAUUUUUUUUCUUUUUUUUGAGACGGAGUCUCGCUCUAUCACCCAGGCUAGAGUGCAGUGGCGUAAUCUUGGCUCACUGCAGCCUCCGCCUCCCAGGUUCAAGCAAUUCUCCUGCCUCAGCCUCCCGAGUAGCUGGGAUUACAGGCACCUGCCACCAUGCCUGGCUAAUUUUUGUAUUUUUGUAGAGACAGGGUUUCACCACAUUGGCCAGGCUGGUCUUGAACUCUUGACCUCAGGUGAUCUGCCAGCCUCAGCCUCCCAAAGUGCUGGGAUUACAAGUGUGAGCCACCGUGCCCGGCGGUUUAGGAAUUUUUUUUUUUUUUUUAAAUGAAGGUGGGGGAAUGGCCACUGUGAAAGAAAAAUAAAUCUCAACUCCAAAAUCACUAAGCUAAGGGAAAAGUCAAGCUGGGAACCUGCCUCCCAUUUUAAUUCCUGAAUAAGAUGGCUAUAAAGAUAAAACAGUUACAUGCCUCCCUCACAAUUUGCCCACAAGGAAAUUCCUUGUGGGCCUCAAGAUCUUUACCCUACUCAGGAUCAUGCCAAGAAUUAAAAAAAAAAAAAAAAAAAAAACUUUACCCUGAAACAUUUCUGUUGAAUUCAUCCUGGCAAUGUAAACUGAUAGCUGAUCUUAACAGGUGCAGGACAGAAAAUCAUUCCUCUGCUCACCUGAGAGAAAUGCUUAUCUGAUUGCUUCCUCAGACCUACUGUUUAUGUAAAAAUGAAGAUUCACUGAGCCAGACUAGAUUGUGAAUUCACCAAAAGGCUGAUCAAGGACUCAAAAGAAUGCAAGCUUUUGUCUCUUAUCUACCUAUGACCUGGAAGCCCCCCUCUUCGAGUUGUCCUGUCUUACUGGACAGAACCAAAGUAUAUCUUACAUAUAUUAAUUGAUGUCUCAUGUCUCCCUAAAAUGCACAAAAGCAAGCUGUACCCCAGCCAUCUUGGGGACAUGUCGUCAGGAUCUCCUUGGCAAAAUAAACUUUUAAAUUGGUUGA